AUGUCCAGUCAGGUGUCCAAUCGGGGAUCCAAUCAGUCAUUCAAUCAGAGAUCCAAUGAGGCGUCCAAUCAGAGGUCCAGUCAGGUGUCCAAUUGGGGAUCCAGUGAGGCAUCCAAUGAGGAAUACAGUCAGGCAUCCAAUCAGGUGUCCAGUCAGUCACUCAAUCAGAGAUCCAAUGAGGCGUCCAAUCAGAGGUCCAGUCAGAUGUCCAAUUGGGGAUCCAGUGAGGCAUCUAAUGAGGAAUACAGUCAGGCGUCCAAUCAGGUGUCCAGUCAGUCAUUCAAUCAGAGAUCCAAUGAGGCGUCCAAUCAGAGGUCCAGUCAGGUGUCCAAUUGGGGAUCCAGUGAGGCAUCCAAUCAGAGGUCCAGUCAGGUGUCCAAUUGGGGAUCCAGUGAGGCAUCUAAUGAGGAAUACAGUCAGGCGUCCAAUCAGGUGUCCAGUCAGUCAUUCAAUCAGAGAUCCAAUGAGGCGUCCAAUCAGAGGUCCAGUCAGGUGUCCAAUUGGGGAUCCAGUGAGGCAUCCAAAGAGGAAUACAGUCAGGUGUCCAAUCAGGUGUCCAGUCAGUCAUUCAAUCAGAGAUCCAGUGAGGCGUCCAAUCAGAGGUCCAGUCAGGUGUCCAAUUGGGGAUCCAGUGAGGCAUCUAAUGAGGAAUACAGUCAGGCGUCCAAUCAGGUGUCCAGUCAGUCAUUCAAUCAGAGAUCCAAUGAGGCGUCCAGUCAGAGGUCCAGUCAGGUGUCCAAUUGGGGAUCCAGUGAGGCAUCCAAUGAGGAAUACAGUCAGGCGUCCAAUCAGGUGUCCAGUCAGUCAUUCAAUCAGAGAUCUGAUCAGGCGUCCAACUGGGGAUCCAGUCAGGCAUCCAAUCAGAGAUACAGGCAGGCAUCCAAUUGGGGGUCCAAUCAAGGAUCCGUUCAGCAUCAUUGUAGCUUUGUGGCCAUGAAUUUAAGCGUUUUUGUAAAAUCUGAGACGUGCACUCAUUUCCUCUACAUUGAAAGUCAUCCUGAACACCUGAUUUGACUUCAACAAUCUGUAUAGACUUCAGGUAGAUCACAUGACGUCUGCUAAACAAAUUCAUUGCAUCAUCACCACACCAAGGUAAGAAGGUGCCUAGGUUUGGUGCAGCUCCUGAAAUAAAGCACAUCCUAUUCAGAGAGUAGCAUAAAACAUACAGUAACAAGUGAAACAGUGUGUGUGUGUGUGUGUGUGUGUGUGUGUGUGUGUGUGUGUGUGUGUGUGUGUGUGUGUGUGCGGGUGCA